UGACUUGCUGCUGUGUGCCGGGGUCCGGCCACCAGGGGGAGCUCCCUCUGCCUGAGAUCCUCUCUGCUGCAGAGUAUCCUCUCUGUGGAUGUCUUUGCUCAGAAUGAUUUCCUCUCCCACAUACUACCAGAAUCUCUGUGGUAUGGAUCGCUUCCUGCUGGACCUCACUGCUUGAUUCUCCAUGCCUGCGAGUUGCUGCUGCUGCUGGGACACUGCACCUAUUGUGAGCCAUGGUGUCAUGGAGGGGGGUCUACUUUGUGUGUGUGCUGUUCCUGGGAAGUUUCUUCGGCAGCGUUUUCAUGCUCGCACCGUUUGUCCCGUUGAUGUUCCUGUCUCCCAGCUGGUAUCGAUGGAUAACGGACCGAAUUGUGGCUACUUGGCUGACGUUGCCCGUGGCCUUGCUGGAGCUCGUCUUCGGUGCAAAAGUUGUCAUAACGGGAGAUGGGUUUAUUCCGGGAGAACGAAGUGUUAUUAUAAUGAACCAUCGGACCAGGCUGGACUGGAUGUUCCUAUGGAAUGGCUUACUGCGCUACAGUUACCUCCGGCUGGAAAAAAUCUGCCUGAAAUCCAGUCUGAAAGCCGUCCCUGGAUUUGGUUGGGCCAUGCAGGUCGCUGCCUUCAUUUUCAUCCGACGGAAAUGGGAGGAGGACAAGAGCCACUUUGAAGCCAUGUUGGAUUAUUUUUGUGACAUCAAUGAACCUCUCCAGCUAUUGUUCUUCCCGGAGGGAACUGAUCUGACAGACAAUACGAAAGCCCGCAGCCAUGAGUUUGCAGAAAAGAAUUCCCUGGAGAAAUACGAGUAUGUCUUGCAUCCACGUACAACGGGUUUUACCUUUAUAGUGGAUCGUCUGAGGGAAGGAAAUAACCUUGACGCCAUCCAUGACAUAACCGUGGCCUAUCCUCACAACAUUCCUCAAACGGAGAAGCACAUUCUUAGCGGGAACUUCCCUAAGGAGAUACACUUCCAUGUCAGCCGGUACCCCGUCAGCAGCCUUCCCGUCUCCAAGGAGGCGCUUCAGCAGUGGUGCCAGGAGCGCUGGCAGGAGAAGGAGAGUCGGCUGCGGGCCUUCUAUGAAGGGGAGAGAUACUUUGACGCCACGAGACGGAGUAGAAUCCCUCCCUGCAAAUCGGAGUUCAGGGUGCACUUGAUAAAGUUUGCGUCGCUUCUUUACUGGACUUCCUUCAUCACUGCCUCAUUCGUGGCCCUCACUAUGUGCAGCAUCGUACGGUGGUACACACUGGCGAUGAUCGUGGUCUUCAUCCUCCAGGAGAAGUUUUUCGGGGGACUAGAGCUGAUCGAGUUGGCGUGUCACCGGUACCACAACGGCCGCCAGCAUACAGCCGGCAAAUCCGAAUAACGCAGGGCCUUGUAAUUCAUAUACUUUUUUGUAAUCUAUGACACAUUUUGCAUGUAAUCCAGGUUUAGGCAACCUGUGGCAUGCUGAGACUUGCAGUUUCCCCCCCAGCAGUCAGAGAGCCACAGGUUGCCUACAAUUCGAUCUAAACCCUACAUCUGAGUACUUUCGUCACUGUGUUUUUAAAGGACGUUUUGCACUUUUUCAAAAAUCCCCAAAAAUCCCACUGGACAAAAAAAAAAUCCUGUACGUACUGUUAAACAAUUUCACUCGUCGUGAGACGUAUUACUGAAUGUAUUCCGCCUAGACGGAACAAGCGAAGGGUUGGUCUCUGGCGCCUUGUGCUGGAGCAGCUAGAACAUAUGUUGGCGUAGAUUGCGCAUUCGUAGCUGUGCGCUAUAGGGUAACGGAAACUGUUUUUACUGGUCAAUAGACAAUCAGACAUUUGUCAUUUUUCGGUAUCAGUGUAAUGUUUCCAUUGUUUAACUUUUACAUAGGAUCUUUUAUUUAUUUUUCUGUUUGAUCAUCUUUGCGCACAAAUGUUACUCGUAUUGGGAUGACCUCAUUGGAAUUACGGCAAUCAUCUGAUACUGUGCGUCUUAUAGAGGGGAUAUCAGUUACUGCCGAUGUGCCUGCGCAAGUUACACCCAACGUUGCACGUUUUCCUCGCUCCUCAAAAGUUGUGAUGUGCGAUAAAAUUGAAUCCCCCCCAUAGAAUCUUCGACAAAGUGUUAUUAUUGAAGUUAUAGAGCCAAUCAGUUUCUCUGUGUAGCCAACAUCUGUUAGUUUAAUGAUGUAUCGAUUCCUCUGUAUAACUGUGUUACGGGAAGGACCAGUACUAUAAUGUGAUUCACCCUAAAAUAUCCUAUUACUGGCUAUACUAUAUACAGAGGUGUGACUGUAAAAAUACUGCGGCUUCACAGCCACACCCGAUGCAGUCGUGUUUGAAUAACUGUGAAAUGUAUAUUGUUGCAGUAUAAUAAUAUCCAGCCAUAUAUCUACAUAUAGCUGUACUUUGUAGCACUGAAGUGUUACUCUGAAGCCAGUAAUAUGGUCUGUUUGCUGCAGGAGCCGUUCUAUAAUAACCCCACAUUUUCUGCUAAAUACAGUAUAAAACCUGCAAAUCUCGUUGGAGCAUAUAAAUGGAAUAUUAUGUAAAACAGGCAUUAAAGGGCAAUUUAAACCA